ACAAGGUCCCUCCAGAGCACCGUGUCAGCCUCUGGACGGCAUAGCUGCUCCUGCUAGCCGAGGAACAGGUCGCCAUAGCGCCCCAAACACUGUCGAGGGUGGCGUCGCCUCAGACAUGCAGGAAGUUGCUGCUCAAACGGAACUGGGCAGGCAGAAGCGGAAGCGCCAGGUGGGGAGGAAACAUCGGGGACAACUUUGGUCGAACUUCUGCUUCGACAGGGCCGACGGCAGCGAGGGGACCGCCUGGGGGUGGGUGGGGGGGCCCUUCACACCGCGGCCUGGUGGCUUGGGGGACAGCGGACUCGGCCUUCGCAGCGGCCACCUUCCACCCACACGUUCAGGCUGCAUAGUUUCUAAUGGCUGAAGAAUCCAACGGGUUUAUAUGCAAUGGGCUUCCACCGUCACCUGAUGAAAAUGAGUUGCCUUCUGGCUUCCCACAAAAUAUCUGCGAUGAUGUGCCGGAGGAGAAGUACCUGUGCAGUUUCUGUAAAAAUGUCCUGAAGAAGGCAUACCAAACAUUGUGUGGCCAUCGAUAUUGCUGGGCGUGUGUCGAGUGGAUUAUCAAAUACAAUAAAAGUUCAGUUUGUCAGAAAUGUAAGGAAGAUGACCCACAGAGUGUAAAUGAAGAUAGCAUUUUGGCUUUGGGAAAGAUAUUUAGUGAUGCUGCAGUAUCCAAGGAGAUCUUAGAUUUGAAAGUGCAUUGCAUCAAUCCUGGUUGUACCUGGAAAAGCACAAUGAAGAAUUAUGAGGAUCAUGUAACUCAGUGUGAAUUUUCACUGAUUCCUUGCAGUACGGGUUGUGGAUUGAUGGUUUUAAGGAAGAAACUGGCAGAUCACUUGGAAAAAGAGUGUAAAAACAAUAUGGUGGAAUGUCAGCAAUGUGAUACGAAAAUGUUUAUGAAGGACUUACAGAAGCAUGUGUGUGAAAAAGCUCCGUCCAAAGAGAAAAAAACCUUUAAAUUUGACUUGGCCAAUAAGGAAAAGUCUCGUUCUCCUGGAGGAAACCGGACCCGUGAUAGCUGUCGUUAUGCAGAAUUGGGCUGCAAUUUCAAGGGUGGCAAAGAGCGUCUCAAGGAUCACGAAAACAAUUCAGCUGUCACACAUCUUGCAUUGUUACUUCAGUUUGUCGAUACCAUAAAAGCCAACUACCUGCAAAAUUCCAGCGCUGCUGGCGAUGAUGAAGAUGCAUCAGUAAUUGCUGUCCCCUCAGUGGUUACUCAGCUGCAGCUCAGAGUCCAAGAAAUUGAGAAGAAUAUGUUGUCUUUGUCAUACAAAAGUUCGUUACUCACUUUACGCAGUCAGGUUGCUGUGGAAUCAAAUGGAGACUUGGAAACUGAUCAAUUUGAAGGAGCUUCUGGUUCAACUAACAGUUCAGACUGUCAGGCACCACUGUACUCUGGUCAAGUAUUAGCCGGGUGCCAAAAUAAAAUUGAUGCUCUUGAACGAAAAAUCCAGACAUUUGAAAAUAUUGUGACCGUUUUAAACAGAGAAGUCGAAAAGACUCAUACUACAAUGGUCGCAUUUGAGAGACAAAACAAGAUUGACCAAGAUGCCAUUAAAGCCUUGGAACACAAGGUUUCUGAACAGCAGCACCUUUUGGCUUUGAAGGACAUGGUUAUCAAUGAAUUCCGUAUGCAGCUGCUUGCUUUGGAGCAGAUUUCUUACGAUGGGAUAUUUAUCUGGAAAAUUACUGAUAUUGGGAGAAAAAGGCAGGAGGCCAUUUCAGGGCGAACGACAAGUCUUUACUCCCCAGGAUUCUACACCAGCCGAUACGGCUAUAAAGUGCGAAUGAGAAUAUACUUAAAUGGAGAUGGAGCUGGUCGAGGUACUCACAUCUCCUUGUUCUUUGUUAUCAUGAAGGGAGAAUAUGAUGCCUUGCUUCACUGGCCAUUUAAGCAAAAGGUCACGUUCAUGCUAUUGGACCAGAAUGGCCGGGAACAUUUAAUCGAUGCAUUUCGUCCAGAUGUUAAUUCGUCCUCAUUUCAACGCCCUGCGAGCGAGAUGAACAUUGCCAGUGGCUGCCCUUUGUUUUUUCCAUUGGCCAAACUCGACUCUCCGAAACAGACCUAUCUGAAACAUGACGUCUUGUUCGUUAAAUGCAUUGUAGAUGCUACAAAUUAACGCAACAAGAGAUGAAAAGCUGUAGAAGUUAAUUGGUAUUGCCUUGCAUUAUGCAUUUCAAAAAUGUCUCACUGAUAUUUCGAGAAAUUUUCUGUUUUGGGAUGUUUUGAGUGGUACAGUACCAGGGUGGAUAGCACAAAGCUUUAUGGAUUCAAUUACUGCCACUGUCUAUAAGGAGUUAUUACGUUCUCCCUGAGACCAUGUGGGUUUCAUCCGGGUGUUCCAGUUUCCUUUCACAGUCCAAAGAUGUACCAGUUGGUAGAUUAAUUGGUCAUUGUAAAUCCUCCCAUGAUUAGGCUAGGGUUAAGUCGAGGGUUGCUAGGCAACGCAGCUCGAAAGGCCUGAAGGGCCUAUUCAGCACUGCAUCCCAAUUAAUAAGUAAUGAUACAGAACAAUUUUUUAUUUAAAAACAGGAUUAUCCCUGUUACUAAUGAACUGUAUAAUCUAUAUAAGUCACUUUUUUAUUGAGAUUUGUAAAUAUAUUUUUGAAAAUGCAGAAAUAAUCUGAUUGAAUUUCAGGAUCAUACAUGGUUGUUGUGUGGUAUGAGUAUUUUCAGUGGUGCUGGUUUUAUUUCAUAAUGCAGGUUAUUUUGUGUGCGAAAAUGAGUAUUGUGAUUCAGAAGUGUUGAUUAGGUAGAUUGUCCUUAAGUACAGCCUGAUAUUUUCAGGCAUCCCCUUUGUCAAUGGAAGUUGUCUGCUCAAUAAUCAAAUUUUGAAGACCAUCUCUGAUUACUGGUUUACAGUGGCCGUGUUUGUUAAAUGGUAUGACCAAAGAUAAAUGUUGCACAUAUCAUUUUGGGAAUUAACAUGAAAAAGGAAUGUUCUUCUAUUGCAAGUUUAAAAAAAAAUUAAGGUAGCUGUAAAAUGAAUGAUGAAUAUAGAUGUAUAAUUGUAUUUUAAUGAAACCUGCAUUACUUCAUUAAUCUAGAUAUUAUCAAUAUCUUCAUCCUUGUAUUUUAAUUUAUUAGUUAUUCCACCAUUUUGCGGUAUUUUUCAAUGGUGCAAUACUUGCAUUUUUUUAUUGGCUUUUAUAAGUUUAAGUCUGUAAUGCUUAUUUUAAUAGUGAUAAUGUUAUUCAAAUGAAUUGCAAAAAAAAAUUGUGUCAAUGAAUUAUAUUAAUUCCAAGAACACAAGAAUUAGCAUUUGCAAACUCUGUACCCCUUGGACUUGCUGUGUGGUUCAGAAUGAUCAUAGCUAAUCUUCCCUGAGACAUGUCUCAGUUUUAGCCCCAUAAUCUAUUUAUUAUGUUGUCUGAAAUUCUGACACCCUUUUGAAAAUAAACCAACUAUACAUUUACCACGUAGGGUAGAGAAUUUCAAAGGACCUCAGAAAGACCUUCGAGGAGUUUGUACAUUCUCCCAGUGACCUCCAGGGGUUCCAGUUUCCUCCCAGUCCAAAGACAUUACUGGUUGGUAGGUUAAUUGGUCAUUGUAAAUUGCCCCAUGAUGAGGCUAGGGUUAAAUCCAGGGGUUGCUGGCUGGCAUGGCUCAAAGGGCCAGAAAGGCCUAUUCCACACUAUAUCUCAAUGAAUAAAUAAUACAUUUUUUUAAAUUGUCUUUUUCUCAAUGUUCACACUGAGACCAAGAUCCCAAUUCUGAAUUUAAAGCCAGGGUAUACAGCUUCUUGGUACCUACCUGUUAGGACUUGUGUGUAUUUGAAUUGGGCAACCAGAUUCAUCUUCCAUACUGAAUCAGAAUCAGGGUUAUUACCACUGACCUAUAUAGUGUAAAAUUUGUUGUUUUGCAGCAGACUGCAGAAUUGUGGGCUGAAGGGCCUGUACUGUACUGUGCUGUAUUGUUCUAUGUUCUAUAGACAGGUAUAUGGAGGAAUUUAAGGUGAGGGUUUUAUGGGAGACAGGGUUUAAGGGUCAGCACAACAUUGUGGGCUGAAGAGCCUGUAUUGUGCUGUAUUGUUCUAUGUUCUAAAAUAUGGGCCCAGUCUCUGAUAUUGGGACUUCUUGUUCCAUGAACUUUUACUGCAGCCCAGUUCAGACAAUGAUGCUCUUCAUUAGGUAAGGAACAAAAACUGUAAUAAACUUCCAGGUAUUGUGCUAACUGAGAAGUACAGUAUAUGUGGUUGUACUAUAGAUAGGGCAGUUCCAUAUAACAAUUAGUUAGUGUUGUCUUUUCCUCAUAUCCUUAAUGUGACAUGUUAAAGGGAAGAGAAUAUACAGGUACUACUGUCGAUCACUUAACCCUUUGAGCCUGUCUCCACUCCUUGUUAAGAUCAUGGCUUACCCUGUACCAUUGCUUGGUCUACACAUUUUGCUCCCUAUCCCUUCGUUUGAAAAAAAGUCAUUAGAAGAUUAAAAAUAAUUAAGUUGCCAUUUGUGAGAUUUUGAAAGCACUUUAUGCUCUUAAUCUUGAAAGUCUUAGCUCGAAUCUUUAUACUUUUAACCAAAUCCUAACCUUUGUUAAAGAUGUUGGGUCUACCAAUGUCUUGAAAACCUAAGUCAAACAACCUCUCAUAUUUCCGUUGUUUGGUAUAUUCUCUUGUCAUAGUGUAAUCCUCACAGGCCAGUACCUUUGUGGUAGAUCUAUGUUGUACUCCCUCAGAGGUUAGUAUAUUCUUCUUAAAGUGUGGUGCUCAAAGUUGCCAUCUUUAUUGUUUGGUAGUCAAAUUGGAAUGAUGAAUAUUCGUAGUAUAAUCCUCGAAAUGCAAUAUUCUGGGAGUUUUUUUAAUUCCCAUUUUAUUUUCAUUCACGUGGAAUCCACAUUAAGGCCUCAUAUUUAUUGCCCAUCCCAGAUUUCCCUUAAGAUGGUGGUGAAAUGUCUUAUAAGAAAACAGUGAAGAAUAAAUUAAAUUGCUGUCAUCAGUAACCACACCAAAGCAAGAUUGGACAGGGAUUUGCUUCCCUAAAAGUCAUCAGUUGAAGCAGGGUGAUCAGCUGAGGUCUUUACUGAUCAAUCUAGAACCCCAAACAGCCACAUUUUCCCUAUUCGGAUAUCUACUCUUUAUCUUUGCUUUGUUCCUACUAACAAGAUUUAUAACUUUCCUUCAUAUUUAGGGGUUUCAGCUUUACCUGUUAAUAUCUUUGAGCGACUUUGUGAAGUGCCUUUGUCAAACCCAUAUAAGUAUUACCCGGCCUCAUUCAAAUUUGGGGUAGAAACCAUUGUGUUCAGAUUCCGGUUCAGAAUUAUUUAUCCCUAAUCCUAACCUUACUGCAUAGAAACAUCCAGCGAAAUGUGUUCACAACCAACACACCUAAGGAUGUACUGGGGACAGCCCGCAAGUCACCACAUAUUCCAGUGCCAACAUAGCAUGCCCACUAUGCUCGGGAGAAUAACACAGAACACAACAAGCAACAAAACAUCAAAAGAAACCCCUUUCCUUCCUCCCUCUCACUCACACAAUAUUGCAGGGAUUUCUUAUUGCCCGAUCCAUUAUUCUUUGCUGUUUCGCUCACACUCAUUUUGGUGACUCUUCCUUCGCAGGUUCGAUGUUAAGUUUCAGUGCUGCUGUCAUUGUCUUCACUGUGAAUGUUGAUGCCACUGCAGCUGCUUUGUCCUGAUUUUUACUUAAAAGUUAUCACUUUUAAUCGCUGCUCCUCACCCUCUUUCUAACUGCAACAUUUAUUCAAUGUCUCUGCUCCAUUGUUUUUAACCUGCUUAAAACUAAUUUCUUCCAUUCUGCUUUUUAUAUCAUCACCACUGUUAAUUUUCCAUGUACUGUAUUGGCAUUUCUCAUUUGUGCUGAAUGAGAUGGAGAGAGUUCAGAAUUUCAUACAAUGAAGCCACAUUACAGCUGGUCAUAAGAGCUGCUUUGUGCCAGUUAACAAAGCAAUUUUCAGCGUUAAACGUUGAUAAUGUCCAGUGAGUACUUGAGGGAUAUGGAUCAGAAAUUUGGCAGUUUUAAGUCUCUUUAUAUACCUCCAAGGAAUUAUGUUAAUUGGAUUGUUUUUUAAAAACUCAAAUUUUAAGGAUGAAUUUUGAGACACUAAUGAACUGGCAGCUCUUGGGGCUGGCUAGAAUUUUGCAAAGAAUGGCAAAAUCUAGAUCAAGGAUCAAAAUCAAAGCAAUUUGAUAAAGGACAGACACAGAGGGUGGGGGAGGCUUCUGCCUAGUGAUCAAAAUUUAUCUCAAUCAGUAUGCACUUUAAAUUAUCUGCAACAGCUGGGCUUGGCAGAGUAGUGAAAAGCAGCUAGAGAGGAAGGGCUAAUAUUUCCCCAAAAUCUCCUGCUCAUUCUCAACCCAUAAUUCAAUUUGAAUUGCAUCUUUCCAUUUGUUUUCGUCUUGGCUGCCGCUACCUCCACGAGGUGCAGGACGGGCAAUGUACUGAAUCAAGAUGCGUAGUUUACAUAUGAACAUAAAGACAGAAUAAGCCACUCAACCUCACCAUCCUCUUCCACUGUGGCUGUGCUCCAUCUGUCACUCUAGCAAUGUGUCUAAGCACUCAGGAUGUUCCAAGCCUUGCAUUUCUGUGUAUAUAAUACUGCAGUGAUUUAUCACGGUGGGUUACCUGUCUUUACUAUCACUGCAUAUGUAGUUUCUAUAAAACUAACCACCUUGGGAUUCAGUAUAGCAAACAGCGGUAACAAUAUUAGCUUGGAUUCUUUUCAUUGGAAUAAUGUCAGUUGUUCAUUCAUUCAUUACGUGCCACUUCAUAUGAUGAGGGCAAUCAUGAUCUUUCCAUGACCGUGAUUGUUCUUGGCAAAUUUUUUCUGCAGAAGUGGUUUGCCAUUGUUGCCUUCUGGGGAUUAAGAGGGCGCCACGGUAGCGUAAUGGUUAGCACAACGCCUUACAGUACUGGUGACAUGGGUUCAAUUCCACUAGUAAGUUCUCCUCGUGAGCGGGUGGCUUUCCUCUGGGCGCUCUAGUUUCCUCCCACAGCUCGAAGACAUACCGGUUGGUAGGUCAUUGUAAGUUGUCUGGCAGCACAGCUCCAAGGGCUGGAAGGGCCUAUUCUGCGCUGUAUGUAAAUAAGUACAAGACAGGUGACCACAGCCAUCGUCAAGAUCCUUCAGAGGCUGUCUGCCUGGUGUCAGUGGUUGCAUAACCAGGACUUGUGAUAUGCACUGGCUGCUCGUACAGCCAUCCACCACCUAUUCACAUGACCCUGCUGAGGGCCUAAGCUGGUGCUACACCUUGCUCAAGGUGAUCUGCAGGCUAGCGGAGGGAAGGAGUGCCUUACGCCUCCUUUGGUAGAGACAUUAUCUCCAGCCUGCAGCCCAAAUGCCAGUUGUACCCUUUGAUUUUGAUUUUGCAAAAUGUAGAAGGCUUUAACAAGCAGAAGCAAAGUUGGCAGAAAUGACUUGACUUGCAGAAGAAGCCAGAGGACAUCACCAAGAAAUGUAAAGAACAUUACAAGACACUAGACAUGGGAUGUUAUGUAGUAGCUUCUAUACACACAUUGUUUCUCAGCUUUGUGUAUCAAUGUUGUUCCUUGCACAGCUGUAACGUAUUUGCAUAUGACAUCUGUUAUAAAUUGGAAAGAUGUUUAAAUUCACGAGAGAUAUUUACAUAGAAUGAAACUUGGUGCACCGGUGUUUGAGAUUAGUUCAACCAUUUGUUGAAUCGGGGAUCCGUAGCAAUUUAAGUUUGACCAGUUUUUGGGGGGGGGGGGCUCAGAACUUCAAUAAUCUGGCAUCCAACUGUUUUGGAAAACCUGUGGGUUGAGUGUGCAAGCAGAACCAGGAAUGGGGUCAGAAACAUUGGUAAAAUUGCAAUUGGAGUAAAGGUCUAGAGCGCUAGUAUGUUUCCCGCCUCUUAACUUGCUGGGUUCACUGGAAAAUGUAUUUCAUUACUGUGUAAUGUAUUUUAAAAAAUGAAAUCAAGUGAAAUAUUGACAUACUUGGAGUAACAUGCAAUGGAUCAGAAAACCUGCUACUCCAAAGUUUCAAGGGUUCGGAAUUAUUGUGCUUUGGUGGGCUGCAGGCCCAUGUCCUGGGUAGUGUCUCACUUUCAGUCUCUUGCGCCCAUUGCUGAGGCUCUAAAAUACACUCUGCAAAGCUGACAUAAGAACAAAAGGACAAUUUCAAAACUAUUUGUAACUUCCUGAGUUGCUAGAUGACCGAUUUGUUUUCCUAAACAAAUGUUACUUUGUCUCGUGUAUUACUGUGAAAGAGGUGGCAAAGGUUUAGUUUACUUGUCUUAAUGGAUUUCACAGUUUUGAUCAUUGUGUGUCCGAAUUAUCUAAAAAAUCAAUUUUAAAAACGUUUGUCAAACAUUAUAACAGUAGUAGAAUAAAGCAUAUGUGUAAUAAACUAUCUAUGCACAGCAGGAUGUUUAAAGUACAUUGUUGUGAAUAAAUAUUUCAGUGCUGAA